AUGGAAGGUAAAUGUAAAAGUAUUGCUGCUUUGGCAUUUAUUUGCCUUAUUUCUGCAGUUGGCUGCUAUUAUUACAGCUUGGGAUUUUUCCUUACCAGGUAUACAAUUAAUAUGGUGGUUGCAACAAAAUGUAUCCUUGCUGGCAACGCAACGCUUUGGGCUCCAAAAUGGCUUUAUAACCGAAGUCAAGGUUCAGGCCCUUUGAUUCUAUCCUAAGCUUGCUGCACUGCGGCCAUAUGGAGUGGGUGACCCUGGGAGCCAGGUAGUAGCCAUUCCAGUCCAUCUAUUGAAUAUCCGGAUGGUUUUGGGCGACAGGUUCAUUUUACUCACAAUUUUAGAGGGCCUUGAUUUUUUUCCCUGGGUGUCACCCUUCCUUAAGGUGAUCCAUAGGGGCAUCGGGCUCACCUUUACCUCUAUAGCGCCCACCAGAUGUGCAGCACAGAGGGUCUCUCUCUAAAUAAGGGUUCGGUAGUCGAAAGGGCGCGGAGGCAUCAAAUCUGGGAGAUCUUAAGUCAUUUAAUCUAAACUUAAUCUUACUAGGUAUGAAAUAAAAGAAAAAUCAGCAAAACAUCACUUGCAGCCAGCCCCGCAAUUUAAAAGAGCAGUCCUUUUAUUAGUAGAUGCGCUAAGGUAUGACUUUGCCUAUAAGUCAAAUGUCACUACAAAUUACGCUAAUCAGCUGACCGUUUUUGAAGAUACUUUGGAAUCUCAGAGAAACAACAGCUGGCUCUUUGAGUUUGUUGCUGAUCCGCCUACUGUGACAAUGCAAAGGAUCAAAGGGAUCACGACUGGGUCUUUGCCAACUUUUAUUGAUUUUAGAGAUAAUUUCCACAGCAAUAAUGUAGAUGAGGAUAAUCUGCUAACCCAAAUUCAGCUGCAGAAUAAAACAUCAAUUUUCAUGGGAGAUGACACAUGAAUUGGGCUUUAUCCUAAAGCUUUUCACAGAGAAUUUCCAUUUGAUAGCUUUAAUGUCAAAGACUUGCAUACAGUUGAUCAAGGAGUUAUUAAAUCCUCCCCUCCUAAGUUAACAAAAAAUUUUGAUCUCACGGAGUAGUGUUAAUUUUAAUUUUAAGAAAUAACUUUAUAGAAAAUUGUUUUAAAAUUUGUUUAAAAUUUUUAAAAAAUCCCAGUUUGAAAUAAUUUUAAAGCGAAUAUUAAUUUAAUUUUUAAAAUUUAUGUUUAAGAAUACAGGUUGUUUAAAUAAACAGAAUUAGCUAGAUAUUUAUUAUAAUAAUUGCCACUUAUAUAUUAAAAUAUUUUUUUUAAAAUUUUUUAUUCACUCAUGGAGAAAGAUAGGGAUUUUUUCCGAUGGUUUUGUUUGCUUACGGAGGGGGAGAGAGUAAGCAUCUGCUAGAAGAACUUAACAAUGAUGAUUGAACGCUCAUAAUUGGACAUAUGCUGGGAGUAGACCAUGUUGGACAUACUUAUUAUGCAAAUCAUCCUACUAUGGUGCAAAAAUUGAAACAAGUUGAUGAGUUUAUUAGGAAAAUCAUAAAAAAUAUUGAUGAGGAUACUUUAUUGCUAGUUUUUGGAGACCAUGGAAUGACUGAUGAUGGAAAUCAUGGAGGCACGUCAAGAAAAGAGACAAAUUCAGCACUUUUUGCAUACUCGAAAAAGCCAUUUUAUUAUAGAUCACAUGAUCUUCCUAUUGGUCCUAGAAACACGCUGAACCAAAUUGAUAUUGUUCCGACACUAAGUAUAUUAUUGGGAAUUGGGAUUCCUUUUAAUAAUUUAGGCGCUAUUAUCCCUGAGCUAUUUUUAAAUGGCAAAAGUAUAGUAGAUGCACUCUAUAUCAAUUCUUGACAAAUAAAUAAUUACUUGAGUAUUUAUGAUACAAAAAUAAAGAAAUUGCCAGAGCCGUACUAUGAAAACUUGCUGCAUGAUUUCGAGAUUUUGGAUUUUAACUUUAAAAGCCAAAAGCAAGUUAAUGUUAGCGACUUUCUCACAUUUAUAAAUAACGCUGCUGGGAUGUGUAGGAUGAUAUGAACUGAAUUUGAUAUUUGGUAUAUGGCAACUGGAGGUUUUAUUAUUAGUUUGUCAUUCAUUUGCAUAAUUUUAUUAGUUACGCAAGAUGUUGAUAUGCAUAGAAUAGAGAUUAUUAUAACUAUAUCAAGUUUAAGCUGCUUUAUUCAUCCAAUUAUUAUGGCAGCUUUGUUUUUAGGCUACCUUGCUACGCACAUCAAAAUUUGGAAAAGGCCAAGUAAAGAAUUUUGGCUAAUAUUUUUAUUCCAAUGCCUCCAUGGCUAUUGCUUAUUUUCUAAUUCUUAUAUUGUCAAAGAAGACCAAGUUCUUCGAUUCUUAUUGCAAAUAUUUUUACUUUAUUUUUCAAAUGAGAAGUCAUCUAAUAAACAGUGAUUGGCAAUUUGUGCAGUAUGUAUAAGGUUUUCUGCUGCUCUAGAUAUUGUUUCUCAAAAAGAGGUAAAUUCCAUAUAGAGCAUGAAAUUCACGAUUUUUGAUCAUAUCAUUAUGAACCCUCUGUUUAUGGUUUAUAUCCCAAUUUUUCUUUUCUUUUAUCUAUUUUGGUCUUUGUUAAAAGAGAAAAAAAUAAGCAUGAUUUUAACCGAAGCUAAUUUAUUUGCUGUACUUUACUAUUGAUUUUUGCAAGAUUUUAAUUUGAUUAGUCCUGACCCAUCAAUUCUUAUAAAAAGCUAUCUGCCAAGACUUAGCUAUAUAUUGUGUGGGAUUAGUAUAAUAACAACUGAUCCAUUAAAACUAAUUUGUGGACUCACUCCAAGUCUGAUUUUGAUUUUGGGAUACUCUUCACCAAUAGUAAUGCUCACAUUUUAUAUACAAAUAUACGCGUUUUAUAAAUCAAACCCAAAUAACAAUCCAGCACUAGUAAGUCUUUUUUUAUCUUUUACAGCUUCACAGUACUUUUAUGCAACAGGUCAUCGCUGCAACUUUCCUUCUUUGCAAAUUGCAUCAGCAUUCACAGGUUUUGAGAUAUUCAAUAUUUAUGUGUCAGGAGCUUUGUUAACUCUAAACACAUUAGGAAGCUUUUUGUGUAUCUUUUCAGUAUUUUUGCUACGAAAAGUCAAUUCCUUUCAGACAAUAGCAUAUAUAGCAGCCUAUUUUCUAGUUACAAUGCUUUUGACGACACUAAACACAGCUAUCAAUAGAAGGCAUUUGAUGGUUUGGCCUAUUUUCGCUCCUAACUCCCCUCAGUGAGCGAAAAAAAAAUUGGAAAAAUCCAUAUUUUUUGCCCAAAAAGCCCACUCUCUGUGAGCGAACCAAAAUUUUUUAAUAUAAAAAUUUUAAAAUAUAAGUGAUAAUUAGUUUAAAAAAUAUCUAGCUAUUUUGUUUAAUUUUAGAUAUAAUUGCAUUUUAAGAAUAAAUUUUUGUUUUUGGGAUAUUUUUAAAUUUCGAAAUAAAACAUUUACUAUAAAUUUAUAUAUAUAUAUAUUUUAAAAAAAUUAAUAUCUCUCUAGCAAACCUGCUUUUUCACUCACGGAGGAGGAGCAAGUAUUUAUUUGAUAUUGUUACAACUGGGUUUGUUUAUGUAAUAUGUCUCAUAGGACUCAUUGCAUAUUGGAAGCCAGUUGAAAUUACAAAAAAAGAAUAA